AUGGCGCUGUGUGGCGUGGCGGCUGCGGGGGGGCCAGAGGUGGUGGAGGCUCUUGCAAAGGAGCCGGCCGCGCUCGCUGCGCUGCGGCGGGCCGUGAAGCACUGCGGCGGCGAUGGCGGCGGCGCUGGCGCAGCGGACGACGCGGCCAGGGCACUCUGCGCUGUGGCGCUGGCGCGGUGGUCGCGCGCCGCCGCCGCCGACGGCGACGGCGGAGGCGCGGACGCGCGCGCGGGCGAAGAGGCGAUGGCGGCGCUGUGCUGGGCUGUGCUGGAGAACGGUGCCGCUGCCGGCUGGGCCGCCGGCGACCCGGCCGCAUUAUCAGCGCUGGUGGGCGCAGUCGGCCUUGGGCGGGGGACCCCCGCCGCGGCGGCGUCGGCGGCCAAGGCGUUGGGAGGCCUCGCGCGGCGCAGCGCCGCGCUGGCAAGCCAGCUGGCUCAGGCGCCGGGGCUGGUGACAAACUUGGCAGGCGCAAUCGGCGCCGCCGCGGCAGCAGAGGCGGGCGGCAAGGACGGCGGCGGGAACGGGGGCGGCGGCGGUGGCGAUGAUGACGGCGGCGGCGAUGGCGGCGGCGGCGGCGAGCAAGCACUGGCAGCGGCCGCCGCCAGAGCGCUCCGGGACGUGACCGGGCAUGCCGCGGCUGCAGGGGGGGACACAGAGUCGCUGCAGCUGGUCUGGGACAGCCCGGGCGCGCUGCCGGCGAUCGUGGGCGCGGUCGGAGGGCGCGGCGCGGCCGCCGAGCACGCGGCGUGGACGAUCGGCAACCUCGCUUUCAACAAGGCGUUGGCGGAGGCCCUCGCCGCCGACCCAGCCACCGUGCCGGCCCUCGCGGCCGCCGCCGCGUCCGGCGGCCCGGCGUCCGCGCCCGCGGCGCGCGCUCUGCGGCGCGUGGCGGCGUCAAGCGUGCGGGCAGCAUUCUCUGUGGGCGCGCAGCCGGGAGUGCUCACGGCGCUCGUCGCCGCGGUGGGCGGCGCCCGCAGCCCCGCAGAAGCAGCGGCAGCAGCAGCGGCAGCAGCCCACCCGCGGCCGCCGCCGAGUGGCCCCCUGGGCCCUGCCGCCGCGCCGCCAGCCGCGUCGGACGCCAUCGCGCUCUCAGACGCGGCCGAGCAUGCCGCCUGGGCCCUCCACGCCGUCGCCUCGCGGGGCCGCGACCUGGCGCGCCGCGUGGCGGGCGCGUCCCCACACGCUUUGGCCGCGCUGCUUGCCGCCGCGGGCGCACGCGGCGCCGCGGCGGAGCCGGCGGCGGCGGCGCUGCGGGCCGUGACUCUGGAGGACGAAGGGAUCGCCAGGCGCGUGGCGCGGCUGCCGCUGGCGCUCGAGACGCUCACAGGGGUGGUACGCGCCGGCGGCGCGGCUGCGGAGCAGGCGGCCUGGGUGAUUGCCCACGUCACUUUGGAAGAGACGGCAAGGGCGCAAGAGCUGCAGCAGCUGCUGGUCCUGGCAGGCCCAGGCGGCGCACUGCCCGCGCUGCCCGCCGCCGCGGGGCUGCUGGCCCGCGAACUGGCGGCCGACCUUGUCGCCAUCUGGGGCUUUGCGGCCGACAACGCACCGUGCGCGGCGCUGCUGGCUGUGCACGGCGACUGCGCUGGCGCCCUUUCGCCGUCGGCCGCCGCGCACCAGGGCGUCGGCGCCUGCGCCUGCGCCUGCACGGGCGCCUGCGGCUGCGCGGCUGGCCAGGCUGCCUCCACGCUCUCGGAUGUUGUCCCCCAACUGCAGCAGGCCGGCCUGCGUGGCAUUGAACACGCGCUCAUCGGGCCCGCGUCGGCGCCGGCAGGGCUGCUGCUGGUCGCGCGCCGCGGCCCGGCGUCCGAGCCAGUUGCAGGAUGGGCCGAGGUGCUCUUGCGCACGGCCGCGUGCGGCAUGCUGCAGCACGUAAGGGCAGCGGAGGUGCGACUGGUGUGCAACGUGCUGAGUCAGCUGCAGAGUGCCGAGAGCCCCUACGCCGCCGUCCAGGCCGUCCUCAAGGGCGCCCGAGGCUUCCUGAGACAAGUGGACGGCCUCAUCACCACAAACCCGCGGAUCGCACUCCUGCGAGGCGCCGGCACACAGGGCUCCGGCGCCGGCGCCGUCUGCGGCAUGAGCAGCAUAACGGCGGAGAAUGCCGUGCUGUUUGAGCUUGCCCCGUACCCCCACUUUGGGUCGGAGGCCUCCCAGUGGUCGGAGUCCGAGGCGGACACGCGGGCCGGCGACGGGGCCGGCGCGGCGCCGCUGCUGAUGGGGCUCGAGCAGACGCUGCUGGCCGCGGCGGUCGGCAUGCGGCGGCCUCAGGUCAUCGAGGAUACACUGCUGCUUAUGCAGGGCCGCCCCGGAACCGCGGCCCGCGACGUUUUUGGGCAGUGCUCCCGGCCUGUCGCGUCCAUCGCCGUGCUGCCGCUGCUCGUGGCUGGCCGCGCGCCGCUCGGCGCCCUGUACGUCCCAUCAGAGCGCCGCUGCUCGUUCGCGGACGCGCUGGGGCCGCUGCAGGAGUUUGCCCGCGUCGUCGCGCCCCAGCUGGAGCGAGCGCUGCAGGGGCACAUGGGCGCCCUCGAGGCCGGCGCAACGCAGCAGGCAAGCGGGUGGGUCGACGCCUGCGGCGGCGGCGCCUUGGCCCGCAGCUGCAGCAACGGCAGCAGCAUCUCCACGGACGCUGCGACCCCCACAAAGGCCGAGGCGGCCUCGGCCUGCGUUUUCAAGCACGGCAGCUUGGCACGUCUGGAUUCAGGGGCGCUGCUACAGGCGCUGCAGGAGGAGGUGCAGGUGGCCGUCAACCGCUCCCUGCCGGGCGCACUGCCUGGGGCGCACAAGGAGCUCUCUCUGGCAGAGUGCAUCGGCCGCGGGGGUUUUGGGCGCGUGUUCCGCGGCAAGUGGCAGGCCACGCCCGCCGCGAUCAAGAUCAUGUCUGCCAACAUGGACGACAGCGCCCGCAGCGCCGCCGCGAUGGAGAUGGCCGUGCUCUCGGUGGUGCACCACCCAAACGUCGUGCAGCUCUACAGCUGCCUCACAGACAUGGUGGAGGUCCCUGCCGCGCCGCAGGCCGGCUGCGAGGCGGGCCCCGUCCCCGCCACUGCCCCCUCCACGUCCUCCUGCAGCUCAGUGAUGGGCGCCGCCGCGUUCUCCAAGGUCACGUACCGCCGCCUGCUGCCUAUUGAGGCGGCCUGCGGCGUGGAGCCCUCGUGCAACAUCCUCGUGCUGGAGUACUGCGACCGCGGCAGCCUGCGCAGCGCCGUCCGCGCAGGGGAGUUUCACAACAAACAGCCCAGUGGCGCCGGCAGCCAGCGCGCGGACGUGGGCGCGAUGGUGUGGGCGCUGCUGGACGUGGCACGCGCGCUGCAGCACCUCCACGCCAUGCACGUCCUGCACGGCGAUGUGAAGCUUGACAACGUCCUGAUCAAGACCGAGCCCUCCUGCCCCAGGGGAUUCGUUUGCAAGCUGGCGGAUUUCGGCCUCGCCAAGGUGCUGUCCGGCGGCAGCGCCACGAACCGCGACUGCGGCGGCACCCUCACACACCUGGCGCCAGAGAUGUUUGAGCCCGGCUCGCGCAUCACAGCGGCGGUCGACGUCUACGCGUUUGGUGUCAUGAUGGUCGAGCUCUACACCAGAUCUAAGUGGAACUCCCACUGGGGCAUGAAGCGCAGGGCCCCGGGCAGCGAAGGGGUCGGCGCCUGCCCCGUGCUCCCGGCCGGCGCGCCCCCCGAGUACGCACGCCUGUCAGAGGACUGCUGCCGCGCCGAGCCUGCGGAUCGCCCUGCCCUGUCAGAGGUCGUGCGGCGCCUCGAGGCGGCGCUCGCCGCCGCGUGA